AUGUCCUACCAUACCAGCCGUCAUUGGCUCGUAUACGCCUUUUAUCACCCUGUUAUAUGGGCUGCCAUAUCCGUGCCAUAUGGGCUUCCAUACCUUGCCAUACGGCUACUAUACCCGGCCAUAUGGGCUUCCAUAUUCUACCAUAUGGCCAUAUGGGCUGAUGGCCACCUGUCACCCCUAUAUAUAUACCAGGGGUAUGCCAUGGCCACCCUCACCACCCGUAUAUAUACAAGAGGGGUAUGUCUCAGGGCCACCCUGGCCAACCUAUAUACGGUAGACCCUGCCACCUGUAUAUACACUAGGUGUACUACAUGGCACCUACCACCCGUAUAUAUACAGUUGAGUGUCUCAGUGGCACCACGUAUAUACAAUCAAGUGACCUGGGUUGCCAUGACCAGUCAGUGGCCAACCGUUACCUACCCUUACCUAUCAUGGCCAUCCACACUGAUACUACCGAGAAGGCACUGGUACUACACUAACAGGACACCUACGACCCUGAUAAGGUACCGUCACCAUGUGCAAGGGUUGUAUAUCAUGCCGACAGGGUACAUAACACACCGAUAUCACUCCCUCAGGGUACCAAACAUUAAGAUAACAUGUCAACACCAUACUUAA